GUUCGGAACAUGGGCGCCUGAAGACGGCCUCGGCGAAAAAAAGACAUGUGACAAAUACUCAAAAGUGGUGGGCAUAAAGAGCGUCCCCCUGCGUCGCUCUCCUUUCGCGACCCUCGCAACAAUGUCCGCAUCGUCGCAGCAAUCGAGCUCGCCCGCGCAGGUGGCGAGCGCGCCGUCGGGUUCAUCCGGCUCGACUAAUUCUUCGUCCUCCUCAUCCUCAUCCUCCUCAUCCUCGUCCUCGUCCUCGUCCUCCUCAUCCUCCAGCUCGUCGACAACCACCCCGUCCUCGAGCUCCUCGUCCACCACCCAGCCAGCUAGCGCCUCGUCGCCCAGCGCCUCCGCGUCCUCGUCCGGGUCCUCCAGCGGUGCAUCGUCGUCAUCAGCCAGCUCGACUUCCAGUGCCACGUCCACGUCGUUCUCAACACACACGCAGACGAGCACAUCCGUCUUUGUCACCACAAAUGCUCAGGGCGCCGCCACCACCGUCACCUCCGUCCAGCUCGUGACCUCCACCGCCGCCGUCGGCUCGACCAACACCUCCACCGGCUCAAAUCACACCGGCGCCAUCGUCGGCGGUGUCGUCGGCGGCGUCGGCGGCCUCGCCGUCCUCCUCGCCCUGCUCUUCUUCCUCUGCAAGCGCAGGAAGCGCGACGACUUUGACGGCAACUUCGACCCCGACCGCGUCGUCGGCCUCUCCGGCCACGACGGCGCCACCCUCCCCAACCUCGACCUCGCCGGCGCCGACGAGGUCACGCCCUACACGUACAACCCCACCGGCAACGGCGCCGCAGCCGACGACAGCAUGCGCCAGCACGGCAACGUCCCCGCCUUCCUCGCGGGCGGCCUCGCCGGCGCAGGAGCGGGCGCCGCCGCCGCCAAGCCGCGCCCCGGGUCCGCCUCGCCCCCCGUACCCUCCGCGCCGUCCCACUACUCCGCGUCCCAGUCGCACUACGCCCCGUCGUCCUCCGACCCGUCGCAGUACCCCGACUACAGCGCGUACAGCCAGUACAACCAGCAGCAGCCAGGCUACGGCCCACCCGGCGCAGGCCCCAGCUACGCCCCCGGCGGCUUCCGCCAGCCCUCCCCCGGCCCGAGCAUGGCCUACUCUGCGCACUCCCCCACGUCCCCCACGCACUCGGGAUCCGGCAGCGGCGCGCCCUUCCUCGCCGCCGGCAACAUCCCGAGCUCCAAGGAGCGCGAGGCGACCGCAAGGGGCAUGCAGCUCGCGAACCCGGGCGACGUCAUGCAGCAUGAGGACGCAGGGCGUGUCCCGCCCGAGGAGGACGAGCAUGCACUGAACGAGGUGCCCCCGAGGUAUGACCAGAUCCAUAGGGAUAAUUAAGCGUGUUCUGUGAGUCGCUCUCCGGCGUUGCGUGCGCAGAGGCCGCUGACAGGUGUGCAGGCAGACGAUAGAUGGACUGCGUGUUUCUCGUGUUCAUUUUAUCACAAUAAGGGGACCGUCGCGGGCUGCUAUCGCGUGCUCCUCCCCAUACUUUCCCCCUCGCCGCUCCCGUAAAACCUAGAACCCGCAACGAGCCAGCCCGCGGCCCCCCACGCAUCGACGAGACGACCUCUGUACGCUAUAUGUCACGACGUUCCGCACCUACGUACCCCUACCUACUUACUCGUAACGUAAUUGACGGACCACGCUCGCUUGUUUCGCCGUCCUCCGGCCCUGCUGCUCGUGCACGUUGCUAGUAAAUGAUGCAUAUGCGUAUCCUAUAGUUGCGGCCUUU